AUGGCGAUCUUUAACCGCAAACCCAAGGUAGCCCCCGAAGGCGAGGGCGCACCCACUGAGAAGGAGAAAGUGAAAUGGUCAAAGAGGCCGGCCAAUACCGCUUUCAAGCAACAACGACUCAAGGCAUGGCAGCCAAUCCUCACUCCCAAGGCCGUGAUACCUACGCUGUUCAUCAUCGGCAUCAUCUUCGCCCCCAUAGGAGGACUUAUAGUGUGGGGAAGCGGCAAAGUGACAACAAUAACGCUAGACUACACCCAGUGUGAUGCUAGUGGCCCCACAGACGGCAGCUUCCAGACUAUGCCUAGCGAUGCUUACAACUAUAACUUGGCAACUUCAUCUUCCGUUUCGAAAAGCUCAAUUUCUCCUCCCACCUGGACCUUCAGCAACGACUCAUCUCGUACCGUUGGUGAACAAUCCAGGUGCGAGAUCGAGUUUGAAGUUCCUUAUGACCUGGGUCCUGGCCUCUUCUUGUACUACAAGUUGAGCAACUACUAUCAAAACCACCGGAGGUACGCCAUGAGCUUUGACGCAAGUCAACUCAAGGGGGAUUAUCGAUCAUUGUCCCAGAUCAAUGGCGGUGACUGCAAGCCCAUCACUUCCAGCAAUGACAAGCCUUACUACCCAUGCGGAUUGAUAGCCAAUAGUGUAUUCAACGACACUUUUCCCCAGGUGGUGCUUCUGAAUCCUUCGAAUGGAGCGCAAAAUCAGACCUACAACUUUACUGAAUCGGGCAUUGCAUGGGGUGGCAUAGCGAAGAAUUACGCCACGGCCCCCAACUACCCAUCCUCCACCGACGUCAUUCCUCCUCCCAACUGGGCCCUCCGCUAUCCAAAUGGCUAUGUUGACGGCUUCCCCAAUCUUCGCGAGGACGAGCAUUUCCAAGUAUGGAUGAGAGUCGCGACAUUGUCAACUUUUAGAAAGUUGUGGUCUCGAAAUGAUGACGAGGUCAUGACUCAAGGAAGAUACCGCGUUGUCGCUUACAUGAACUAUCCGGUCAAGCAAUUUUCUGGCACGAAGUCAAUCGAAAUCUCCACUGUGUCAUGGAUCGGCGGCAAGCAGCCAUUCUUGGGUUGGGCCUACAUUGCCGCGGCUAUUCUCUGCGUGGCACUAGCUGUGGCAGGUUUGAUUAGGCACCUUGUCAAGCCCAGGAAGCUUGGAGAUAUGUCCCUUUUGUCAUGGAACCAGCCAGGUGCUCAGCGAUAG